GUGUGUUUGAGUUAGUAAUUCUGUAGAACAUGAAAACGGAAAACUCAAUUGCGUCCCCCUACCUCCAAGGAGAGAUUUCCGACAAUGAUGACUCACAAAAAUAAUCGUCUCUUUAUUAAGCUCUAGGUCAUGAAGGUAUGAAGGUAUAAUGCCUAUUCUACAGUAAUACAUUUCACUAAUUGGUGGUGUGUAGGACUAACGGUACAGAGACGUAAUUUUCGAUAUACAAUGUAAUAUACAUGUAAUAGAGAUGUUGAAAUAUUUGUUUGAGAUUGGCAAGAUUUCUGUAACGGGCUUUUUCAUUAAAGUCAGGAGCUGCAGAACGAUCUUUUUUAAAGCGUGUGUUUUUUAGGAUAACAUCGCUAUAUGAUCAUCACUUUCAAGCUCAGUACAUGGUCACUGAUUAAAGUGUGUGUGUGUGUGUGGGGGGGGGGGGCGGUCAAAUCACCAAGACACCCCCUUCAACCACUACACCAGAAAUAAAAAACAACAACCGAUAUUUGAUAUGCAACCAAUGAAAUACGCGUAUUUAGCAGGACCUGUGCUUAACUUUUUUUGAGUUGCGAUAAUCGCAAUUCUUUCUGCGACGAGCAUCAGAUCAGGUAAAUGUUUAAGGCCAGUGUGUAAAAAACACUAUUUAGCCCUCUCAUGACAUUAAUGUAACUUCUAAUAUUUACAUAAUGUUACAGGUCUUUUUCAACUACGGACGGUACGGGAAGAUCGUGUCUGUACCAGAGCAUAUCAGUGAGAGUUUUCUCCUUCACGAACAUAAAUUCUAUGGCAUGCAAAACACUAUAGCCAACGCCAUAAGAACCUACUUUGUGGAGAAAAGUAAAGGUCCCAUGUCAAUACAGUUAGAGAAAGUAACAAUCACAGAAUUGGCCAUGGACAAGAAAUACCUUCACCACAAUGUGUAUGGUAUCAUCAGAGGGACACAGCUAUGUUGCUUCACCAAUGUUCUUGGAAAAGGCGUCUGUUACAAAGAUGUCGGACGAUUCUUUAUCUACGAAAAACCUCAUGAAAAACAAACUGCUUUGUUCAGAACCAACUGUUGGCGAUGCAAGCACACCGACUGUCUAGCUGACGAUGCUCUCAUUGGCCUAGAAGGAUGGUGUCAUAAGUGCUCUCUUUGUCUCCGAUGUCAAGAUAUCUUGUGCGAAUCGUCAAGCAAAAGAGAUAACGUGGACGAUCCCGAUAGUUAUCCGAAUGGAAAUGCAAUCGUCCGAAAGACAGCUUCUGCUGUAUUUGUUUCUAACACUUCACCUAAUGUGUUGACCCAAGAACCUUCAUAUAAGGAAGUGGUGAGUGACGACGAUGAUGACGAGGAAGUCGACCUUCGUGCCAUGAUCACAGACCCAUUAGCAGAUAUGACAUUGAAAAACAAGCAGAAAGGUGUUUCUGGGAUGUCAUCCAAGAAAUUCUCUUUGAUCCCUCCAGAAGAUGAAGGAAGCAAGCUAAUUGAACCUCCAAACAACAGAUUGAAGUUGCCCAAGAUACAUGCCUCGAAAGCGGUGCCAGCAGGGUCUGGGAUUUCGGUAGCAAAAGGCAUGAGGUAUAUAAGACGAAAUACUGAACCGGCUGCUUUGAAUAUUGACCAGUUUGCAAUUUUUUUAGAUCGUGGGGAGUGGCGAAAGUUUGAUUUUGAGCUAAAGACGGUCUAAAAAAUGUUUAUAAGCUAUACAAGUGACCUCAUCAUCAAUUUUUCCAAAAGGGUAGGUAGCUAGGGGAACCGUGAUUUAAGCUACGCCUACCGUCGUUUUCUUCAUUCAUUUCUUUCUCAAAAUAAUUAAAUACAAGAGUUGCCAGAUAUAAGAGUUGUAUAAUUUCUCAUAUUUAUACAUAUACAUAUAGAUAGAAGGAUAGAUGGAUGGAUGGAUGGAUAGAUAGAGAAAUAAUUUCGUUAAUUGGAGUAUUGGAAAGUGCUCAAUACCCUGGGGUAGAGCAAGUCCGGGGGGGGGGGCACUCAGUUUAUA